UGUGGUCGUUAAAAUUCGAACUUCCUCCGCCGGCGCCGGCGGUUUGCUGCAAUCGCGAUGUCUCUAACUUUCAUUGCUUCGCCGUCUUAUCUUGCCUCUCCGAUUGUUAGAUUUUCUUCUUCAAGAAGAUAUUUUGUGCACAAAAGGUUUGUCCGUACAAUCGCGAAGGCUUCUGAAGAAGACGAUGACAAACCGGCAUUCAAUCCGUUUGGUUUUGUCACUGAUAAUCCGUCGAGUCGCAGCGCCAUUCAGCUUCCGGAAUCACCGGCGGAGGACGGGAAUGUCGGACAGAUGCUCUACAGAAUAGAGGACAAGGGAAAGGACUAUGGCUCUUACAUUAAAUCUGGAGGUUUCCGAUGGUUUGUGAGAGAAACAGGAUCACCCUCGAGCAGGCGCGGAACGAUUGUUUUUCUCCAUGGAGCUCCAACACAGUCCUACAGUUAUCGAGUUGUUAUGUCUCAGAUGGCAGGUGCCGGUUUCCACUGCUUUGCACCUGACUGGAUUGGAUUCGGUUUUAGCGACAAGCCUCAGGCUGGAUAUGGAUUUGACUACACAGAGAAAGAGUUCCAUGAAGUUUUCGACAAAUUAUUGGAUACUCUCGGGGUUACUUCUCCUGUUUUCCUAGUAGUUCAGGGAUUUCUGGUGGGAUCCUAUGGACUGACUUGGGCUUUGAAAAAUCAAGACAGAAUCUCAAAGCUUGCAGUGCUGAACACUCCAUUGACGAUCUCAUCUCCUCUUCCUGGACUGUUUCAACAACUGAGGAUUCCAUUGUUGGGUGAAUUCACUUGCCAAAAUGCAGUCAUGGCUGAGCGUUUUAUUGAAGCAGGUAGCGCCUAUGCCUUGAAGCUGGAGAAGGCAGAUGUGUAUCGACUGCCAUAUUUGUCCAGCAGCGGACCUGGAUUUGCUCUGCUGGAGGCUGCAAAGAAGGCUGACUUCAAGGAAACUAACCGGCAAGUAUCGACCGGGUUCGCUUCCGGAAGGUGGGAGAAACCAAUUCUAGUUGCCUGGGGUAUAUCAGACAAGUACCUUCCAAAAUCUGUAGCCGAAGAAUUUCAGAAAGGUAAUCCCGACAUAGUAAAGGUUAACAUGAUCGAAGGCGCCGGCCACAUGCCGCAGGAAGACUGGCCGGAGAAAGUUGUGGAUGCCUUGAAAGCUUUCUUUUGAACAUGCAUCGAUUUGCCUUACCUGGUGUCCGUUCCGACAGAAAAUAUUAUAUGAUACAAGAGAUGUAUGAACUGAACCAGUUUGAGACACAACAGCCAUGGCUAUGAAGAGAACAGUCUGCAAAAGGUUAGUGUAACUUAUGAACCAUCAA